AUUUAAUUCCUUCAUGGAUAGAUGUCAAAAGUAAAUCAUUCAUUCAAUAAAAAUGAAUUCGUUCAAUUACUCAUUUUGCUUGUAAAGUCAAUCUUCUUGCUUCGACUUGGAUUAUUAUUUUUGGGCCGAAAACUAAUUUAUUUGAAGUAACAACUACAGCAAUUUAUGUUGCUUGCUGUGUUGUGUAGUUAUGAAAAGAUUGUGCAUGUAAUUGAUUCUAACUUCUGUUUAACAUCAAGAUAUUUAUCUAUUUAGUAGAAAUACUUGUCUAUUUGUGAUAUUGUGAUGGAUUAGGUUGUUUGAAGGCUUAAAAUGGCUGGAAAAGAUGACGAUGAAGUAAUAUUGCAAGCGUUUAUGGUCAAGAGGUCUCAAAAUAAAAAGCUAUUUACACCGGUCAACUAUAAGGAACGCUGGCUGGUUCUGACUCGUCGAGCACUUAUUUAUUAUGACACGGAUGGCGAGAGACGGAAGGAGCGCGGGCGCAUCGACACGGGUGCAAUCCAUACAGUGGAACAAGCGCAGUUGGGGGAGCUAAGCAAACACAUACCGGAGGGUGACGGUGAGAAGAGCCCCGUUUAUAGAUAUCCCUUUCAGGUGGGGUACUCGGAACAAAACACUGACUACACACUGUACCUUGUCGCUGGUGAUCAUACAGAACGCCUGCAGUGGAUCCACACAAUCAGAUCGGAGAGAAUCUUCUUAGUCAUAUUCAUGGGAGAAGAAAAGUUUGUGAGCUUUGCAUGCAACAAGACAGACAGCAUUUAUAGGUCAGGGGAAAGUGUAAAGGCAUGGUGGGUUACAGUCUGCACAGUGAGUGGACGCCGAAGUCGGUACCACCCCGGUGCGUGGUCGGCGCGCCGCUGGAGCUGCUGUGACGCUGAGCGACGGUCCGCCCCCGGCUGCGCAGUCGCAGACCUCUGGACCCUCAUAGAGUCUGACCUUGACUUGCUUGCACCACCGCAAGACAACCGAUUGUCUAACGACGUUGCACCGGUCACGGCGGCGGUCACGAUGCCCGGGGGAGGCGGCGCUCCUCCAGGCACUCCCUCUGCCAAGCCAAAGGAGAAGGCGAGAACCAAAGUCGUGGUAGCCCUGUACCCCUUCAGAGCUAUUGAAAGCGGAGAUCUCUCAUUAGAAAAGGGCGCCGAAUAUGAAGUCAUAGAUGACUCUCAAGAUCAUUGGUGGAAAGUUAAAGAUGAGAAUGGGUCGGUGGGGUACAUACCGAGUAAUUACGUUAAGGAAAAAGAAACAAUAGGAUUGCAGAAAUAUGAGUGGUACGUUGGCGAAAUGUCGCGGCAACGUGCAGAGUCCCUCCUCAAGCAGGAGGACAAAGAGGGCUGCUUCGUCGUACGCAAUUCUUCUACCAAGGGCAUGUACACUCUCUCCCUAUAUACCAAAGUCUAUCACCCUCAAACGAAGCACUACCAUAUAAAACAGAACAGCCGCGGCGAGUUCUAUCUAUCAGAUAAGCACUGCUGCGCUAGUAUUCCUGAUCUCAUAAACUACCACAAGCAUAAUAGUGGAGGCCUGUGUUCCCGGCUUAAGACCACGCCUUGCGACCGUCCUGCGCCACCCACUGCUGGUCUUUCGCAUGACAAAUGGGAGAUCGAUCCAUCGGAAUUAGUGUUACUGGAAGAGUUAGGGGCCGGUCAGUUCGGCGUGGUCCGGCGAGGCAAGUGGCGUGGUCGUAUAGACACUGCCGUCAAAAUGAUGAAAGAGGGCACCAUGUCUGAAGACGACUUUAUCGAUGAGGCAAAAGUCAUGACGAAACUCCAACAUCAGAACUUGGUGCAGCUGUAUGGCGUGUGUUCCAAACACCGCCCUAUAUACAUAGUGACUGAGUACAUGCGACAUGGCUCUCUAUUCAAUUACCUGCGACGAACUUCCCCUGACCAACUCGGACCGGCUGUACUGCUUGAUAUGUGCAUACAAGUUUGCAAAGGAAUGGCGUAUUUAGAAAGGCACAAUUAUAUUCAUCGAGAUUUAGCUGCAAGAAAUUGUUUGGUUGGCGACGAGAAUGUUGUUAAGGUGGCCGAUUUCGGUUUGGCGCGAUAUGUAUUAGACGAUCAGUAUACUAGUUCUGGCGGUACAAAAUUCCCAAUCAAGUGGGCACCUCCUGAAGUGCUAAACUACACUCGUUUUUCAUCAAAAUCAGAUGUUUGGGCAUUCGGUGUGCUAAUGUGGGAAGUAUUUACUUGUGGCAAAGUACCAUAUGGACGCGUGAAGAACUCCGAAGUAGCAGAUAUGGUCCAACGUGGCAUGCUCCUAGAGAAACCGAAGGGAUGUCUCAACGAAAUAUACAACGUGAUGCGGCUGUGUUGGCGACGCCUGCCGGAGGAGCGGCCGUCGUUCCGCGCGCUGAAGGAGGAGCUGGCCGUCAUCGCCAACAGCGUGCUGGCCGACUGACUGCGCCUACUGCUGCACCUGCUGCGGCCCGCGCCCCGCGCCCCCGCGCCCCCCGCGCCCGCGCCCGCGCCCCCCGCGCCGCACCAGCCGCUCGCUUUCGUCUCCCCGUGAGGCGCCGCUCCGUGCCCGGAUCUUCGAGUAGCUUACGCCGCGUCCGACAUGCGCGGGGCGCUGCGGAGCCUGGCCUCGUACUCGCGGCCGGUAGCUGACAUGUAUACGUUGUACCAGACUGAAUGUAGCCGAGCUUGGCCCGUGGCUAGGUUACCGCGAGCGCCCCCAAUUUGAACUAUACAAAUUUUGAUGCUUUAGAUUUGGAAAUCUGAUUCAAAGUUAAUUUGUGAUGUAGGCUGCAUUACUCGCGUAUUUUGCUUCCGUUCAAAAACUGCAGAAAAUACGUUUAUCAGCAACAUGACAAAAUUAUAUCACUAUUCUAGAAAGUGAUGUCAACAUUCCAACUUCACAGUUAGCACGCACAGUAGCACAUCCAUUUCCGACAAUAACAAAACUCUAUUUCACGGAAUUGAUCUCACAAUUGGAAUUGACAUACAUACUUAUUAUUGUACCCUUAAGCCGCGCGAGUAAUCAUAGGAGCCGUCCACUGCCACUUUUCAAUAAUAUGCAUAUUUAAGUAGCUUCGCGUUAUCUUUCUAAGGAAAUAUACAGGUAGCACUAUUGACCUUAUGAUAUCACCCGAUUAAAAUAAAUAAAACGUUUCUUUGGCGUACUUAAUGUACAUUUAAAACCACAACGUAAACACGCAAAAUACGAAGUUUUAUAUCAUAAUUACUCUGCUUUUAUUUUUGUGUCUUUAGCCGUCUAGCUCUGAUUUCGGCUAACAUUAGAUAAACAUCAUUUUACAUCCUCAUAUCAUUAUCCAUGGUAGUUAUAAUGUAAAUAUAAUACUGUAGCUAUUUAAUAUACUAGUCGGUACAUACACAGCGACAAUGUAACUUCGCACAUACCCUCGAUGAUUAGUUGACACAUCAUAUUAACCUGGAUUUCCUCGUAAGUUCCUACUACACACACACGUGUGUACACACGGCGCGUUUUCAACACCAUAUGCAACCCAAUUUCUCAAUAACACACUGUUAUUUUACAGUUUAAUCGUCACAAAACAAUUCCAAUUUUAUCGAUCGAUUAUAUUUUUUGUACAUUCCUUUUUAAAGUACUAGUCAUUAAGAGAAUUAAUAAGACCGUCUAAACAUUUUGUGAAAAUUAUAAACAAAUUUCAGAGGAGUUAAAGAUAAUUUGGUAAAUGUAAACACAGCACAGCAAUUAACAGUUACAUAGGAAUAUGUAGAUCUCUACAGUAGUGGUCAACUAGAAAACAUACAUUUGAAAUAUGAAUGCUCGUUAACAAUAACAUAAGAUGAAAGUAUAUUGAAUAUGUAAUAACUGUAUCGGCUGUGUUCUGUAACUAUUUUCUUUGUUUACAGUAGUAGUAUAUAAUGUACAUUGAUUUUUAGAAACGCUUAAAACCGUAACUGGAAAUCAUUUAUUAUUUAUAUAUUAUUUUUAUUUUUCAUUUUAGCCGAAAAUUUAAGAUGAGAGUGAGCAAAGGGCGCAGGAAGGGUUAUAAAAGUAUUGAGGCUGUCACUAGGCUUUAUCUCACAAAAUAAUAUACGGUGCCGCAAGAAAUACUGGCAAAAUAAGUUUUGAUGUUCCUAAUUAGUUGAUCACUGCUGUAAUUGCGAAAUGUUGUGUUACAAUUUAUUGUUUAUUGAAUAUGGGGUAUACUGAAAUGGUGGUGACACUAAGAAAAUGUGCCAAUUAUGUAUAGACCCUUAUUAAUUUUAGGCAUUUAUGACUGAAUAAAAAUUCUCAAUAAAUAAUAAUUUUAGGACCUUUUUCCGGUUUAUAAUGCAAAUAAAAUGGGCGUGAAAUUCGAGUACCAGUAUUUAUAAAACAUUUUUACAAAAUGGUAUUUUAAUUUCACUAAGUUAUAAUAAGUAAAUGUAUUUUUUUGUGAUAAAUCUUAUUUUUUUUAGUACGUAGGUAUUCUAUAAUAGGAAUUACGAAUGAAGAAAUGAAGACUACCUGUAGUUUUAAAUUUUACAAAAACUGUACUAAUGUAACAUUCCAGAAUUAGGUAACAGUGCAUUAACGGAUUUAUAGACAUCUUAACCGAGAGAACGUGUUAGGUGCGUUGUUCUAAAAAAACGAAUUUAUCGUUAAAUAGGAUUUAUAAUUGUCCAUAAGGUUUUAAAACGCACCAUAGCAUGUCCUAUUGGCUAAGAUUACUGCCUGUAGAAAUACAUGUCGCUCGAUACAUAGGAAUACUGCAUUCAAAUAAAAUUCGCUACACAUUUGUAUGGCGAGUGUUUGUAUAACUGUUUUGUAAAAUUAUUAAGUCAAGUAAAAUAAUUAUAAAAA